AUGGAUUUAUUGGAAACUGCUUCCAAAAAUAGUUUGUGCUUAAUUCUCCAAAACCAUGCACAUAUCUUUGGCAUCAAAAGAGAUGGAACAUUAUUCUUCACCGACUUUUUGGUUCUCAUCUUCUUUUUAUUCAGGGCAGAAACGCUCGAAAUUUGCUUGACAGCAAGACGUAAAUCAACAACGCUGGCAGUGGAGUUGACCCUUCCUGUUCUCAUAUCUGCAUUGUUGCUUCUAAUUGCACCCUUCUUUGGCAAAUUCGAUCAGCAGAUCAAAGUGAAAAUGUUCGCCCUAUUACUACAAUUCAUGAGCUUCCAAUUUAUGGCUGAGAAAACUCCACAAUUAGGUUUUGGAGCUACUGUGCCAAAAAUUUAUGUUUUCUAUGCAUUCACACUAGCUGUGACUGUGGUCAGCUUGAUUGUUACCGUGCUGAUAGCUGCAAUGAGCAGAAUUAAGCGGAAAGUGCCACCAGGUGAUCAACACCGUUUUGGCUAUUUCCUCUCAAGCCCUGAUUUUCAUCUUGCAGCACACCGCUUCACACUUCUAGCCUCCGUACUCAACGCUAACCUUUGCUGUGGAUCUGAAGAAGAACCUAUCACUGAUGGAACCUCCUCCAAGGAUGCAUCAGCCGACUGGCUUCAAAUCCAUGCUGCUAUGAACAAUCUAGCCAGCUGUCUUACCAUGAUCGUCUAUGUGAUUGGAGCGAUUGUUAUCGUUUUUUAG